AUGACAGCCUGGUCCUUCCUCGAGCUGUGGAAAAUCUCCCCUUCAACUCUGUUCCAAAUGACCUUGGCCACCAUUCUGAUGGCUCCUGUUCUUGGUGAUUGCGGACCUCCGCCCAGUCUACAGUUUGCUUCUCCAAUCAACCAGUUGUAUGAGACAACUUUCUCAACCGGAACCGUUCUGAAGUACACCUGCCAUCGUGGCUUCAAGAAAGUCAAUUCAAGCCAUCUUACUUGUGAUGAAAAUGGCUCGUGGGUCUAUAGUAUCUUUUGUGCCAAGAAACGAUGCAGAAACCCGGGCGAGUUGGUCAAUGGGAAAGUAGAAAUUACAACGGAUCUCUUCUUAGGUUCAAGCAUAGAAUUCAGCUGCGCAAAGGGAUACCUUCUGAUUGGCUCAGCAACUAGUCGGUGUGAGGUGCAAGGUAAAGGUGUUGACUGGAGUGAUUCUCUCCCAGAAUGUGUAAUUGUCACGUGUGAGUCCCCUCCAGACAUCAGCAAUGGGAAGCACAGCGGCAGAGAUGAAGAUCUUUACACGUAUGGCUCCUCAGUCACCUACACCUGUGACCCUAGCUUCACGCUCCUUGGCAACGCCUCCAUUGUCUGCACAGUGGUGAACAAAACCGUAGGCGUUUGGAGUCCAAACCCUCCUGCCUGUGAAAAAACCAUCUGUCAUCAGCCAGAGAUUCCUAAUGGGGAUUUGUUCCCUGGAUUACAACAGUACUAUACUUACAGAGACUCUGUUGAGGUCAAAUGCAAGAAGGGCUAUGCCCUCAGAGGCAGCAGCUUAAUCCACUGUGAAGCUAAUAGCAAGUGGUUCCCUUCUGUCCCCACUUGUGAGCCCAAUGGUUGUAUUGACAUGCCAGAUAUUCCCUAUGCUUUCUGGGAGCCCAAUAAGUUUCCCUUAAGAAAUUUUGAAAUAUUUGAAGUUGGGACCAAACUGAAAUACCAGUGCAAGCCUGGCUACCGAGCGCUGCCCAAUGAUCCUCAGAUUGUGAUAUGUCAAGAGAAUCUGACCUGGUCGUCUUCCAAAGGCUGUGAACGGGUUUGUUGCCCAACACCAAAUAUGGAUAAAAUCAAAAUUGUAAGUGAAAGGAGAGAUUUCACUGGUAUAUGCGUCUAUGCCUACGGAGACUAUGUUUUCUAUAUUUGUGGUGAAGGUUCUUACCCUAUGUCUACUGAUGGAAGGAGUUCAUGUCAGGCAGAUGGAAAGUGGGACCCUGCAAUACCAGCCUGUCAGAUGGACCUGCAAAACCAUCCUGCUGUUACCGCUUCAAACUUAAUGGAAACAGGCACGAAGGACAAUAAAUAUCUAUCUGAUAAUGAGAGUUUAAGGUACUUGUCUGUUAAAGGCAUGUGCCCCAAACCAGUGAUCAUACAUGGAAACCUGUCAGUGGAGAAAAAUCACUAUGCUGAAAUGGAGAAUAUCACCGUUCUGUGUGAUCUCGGAUAUGACUUAGUUGGCUCCCCAAACAUCAUUUGUUCGGAAAACAAAACAUGGUAUCCUGAUAUACCCAGCUGUAAGUUGGGAGUCCUUGAAGACUGCAAACAAGUGAACGAAGGCAGAAAACUCUUCCACUGUCUCUCAAACCCAGAAGAUGUGAAAAGGGCUCUGGAGUUGUACAAACUGUCUCUGGAGAUCACACGAUUAGAAGAGGAAAAAGAGAAGUGGACACGGUUCCACAGGAAACCUUCCAAACAUGUUAAAAUUAAGGAGCCUUUUAGGCCUUUUGGUUAA